CUUCUUUGGUUUUCUCGCAUUCUCAUAAACGACGGCAACAAUGCAUGCUUAUAUUUCUAUUACAACAAUGAUCAGUGACCACAACAAGCUCUGAUGAUUUUCUUCAAGUCGGGUGAUUUGGGUCAUUGAUUCUCCUCAAGAUAUGCAUGAUCAGGUUCUGUCAAUGCAAGCAAUGGAAGCAGAAAUGAAGAAAAUGAGAGUUGGGUUAUCACAUCAGAGUCUCUAAAAGAAAGAAAAUGAGAGUUGGGUUAUCCCAUCAGAGUCUCUAAGAGAGAGAGAGAGAGAGAGAGAGAGAUGUGACCAUAGAUCUCUGAUCAUGGUGGCUGCCAUCUCUGCCACUCCUUCCCAAAACAACCCCAAAACCCCAGCUGAUGAGGCCCACCAUCACAAUCCAUCAAGGCCUCCUCUCCUCCCUUCUGAGAAAGACAAUGGCGUCGCCCCUCUUCACAGAAAGCCCAAAACCAGAGAAAUCACCUCCAGAUACAUGUCCUCUUCCUCUUCUUCAUCUUCCUCUUCCUAUUCGUCUUCUUCUUCUAGAAGGUGCCCGUCUCCCCUCGUCUCCCGUGGGCUCACAUUACCUGAGCCGUCGAUCCCUAAACGCGCCCAAUCCGUCGAGCGCAGGCGCCCUAUCACUCCCCGGCCCACCACACCGCAGCCCGAUUCGAAGCACGGCAAUGCCAUGGCGGAAAUGUCGGCUGCCGCUAAGGUGCUCUGGACUUCCACCCGGAGCCUUUCAGUCUCGUUUCAGGGCGAGUCGUUCUCGCUCCCGGUUAGCAAGGUCAAGGCUGCUCCGCCGCAGACGCCCAAUUUGAGUAGGAAGGCCACGCCGGAGCGGCGGGUCACUCCAGGCCGUGGGAGGGUUGAGGGCGGGGUCGUCAGGGAUCAUCAGGUGGAGAACUCGAAGCCGAUUGAUCAGCACCGUUGGCCUGCGAGAGCUCGGCAGUCGAAUCCGCUGACGAAGAGUUUAGAUUGUACCAGUGAGAAGAUGAAGCCAGGCGGGCCGCUGUCUGGGUCAGUGGUUCGGACUUUGCAGCAGUCGAUGAUCGAUGAAGGACGGCGGGCUUCGUUCGAGAGCAGAAUACGCCCUGAUUUGGGUAAUGUGGAUGUGGCCAAGACAGUUCAGGUGGGCCGUGAUGCUGAUUCAGAGAAUGGGUCUCAUGUUCCUUGUGACCUUACAGCGUCUGAUACAGAGAGCGUUUCCUCUGGAAGCAAUUCAGGGGUGCAGGAAUUUAGUGGCGUCCCUCGUGGGCGGGCCACGCCUCGUGGCAUCAGUGUCCCUGCGAGGUUUUGGCAGGAGACAAACAGCCGUCUGCGUCGCCUGCAAGACCCGAGUUCGCCAUUGUCAACAACUGGGUCACGGACAACCACCCCAUCAAAGAUCAUUUCAUCAAAGAAGGCAUUAGUGGAUAGCCCUUUAUCAUCUCCUCGGACAGUCCCGAAUAGUCGGGCACUGUCGUCGCCUCUGAAAGGACCCAUUCGGCAUCCAUCUCCAUGUAAGCUCAUGGUGUCAUCGACGUCCUCUCCUUCGAGGGGAAUGCCGAGCCCAUCGCGGAUGAGGAAUUCUUCAGUGGGCUCUGUGAGCAAUCAACCAAGCAGCACACCUUCGAUUCUCAGCUUUGUUGCUGACGUUCGGAGAGGGAAGAUGGGGGAGAAUCGGAUUGAAGAUGCACAUAUGCUGAGGCUGUUGUAUAAUCGGUACUUGCAGUGGCGGUUUGUUAAUGCGAGAGCAGAUGCUGCCAUGUCGAUGCAAAGACUGACUGCGGAGAAAAAUCUGUGUAAUGCAUGGGUGACUACCUCAGAACUGCGGGGUUCUGUUACUGUUAAAAGGAGCCAGCUACAAGUGCUGAGGCAAAAGUUGAAGCUAAGCACCAUCCUUAGGGGACAGAUGUCCUAUCUGGAAGAAUGGUCUCUUUUUGACAGAGACCAUUCUAGUUCUUUAUCAGAAGCAAUCGAAGCUCUGAAGGCCAGCACUCUCCGCCUUCCAGUCACUGGUGGAGCAAGGGCAGACAUCCAAAAGGUGAAGGAUGCUGUUGGUUCAGCAGUUGAUGUGAUGCAGGCCAUGGGAUCCUCCAUAUGCUCUUUACUGUCAAAGCUGGAGGGGAUGAACUCCUUGGUGACUGAACUUGCCAGUGUGGCUGCACAAGAGCGUGCUCUGCUGGAUCAAUGCAAAAAUCUCUUGUCAACAAUAUCAGCAAUGCAGGUAGAAGAGUGCAGCCUGCGGACUCAUCUAUUACAGCUGAAACGUGUACCAAACCUGACGCAACCCUAGUACAGAUCUUUGUGACUACUACCAUUUCUAAAUGCUAACAUCACGCCGUUUUUUCUAACCCGAGAAGGGGAUCGGAGGUAAUAAGGAAGUAUGUUCGGCCGUGGAAUGCGAAGCUAAUCAUUAUUUUGGCCUCUUGGAAUCGGAGGGGUGGGCCCGGCCGUAUCAUGUAUUUUUGUAUGCAUAGAUUACAGGAAUGGCCUUUUACUUCUGAUGAAUUGUAUUGGGUGUAUACAAGCGCAUUUUGUGAAAGGAAAGCCGGUGUAUAUAUAUGUGAUGUUUUCAAGCUACCCUCUUUGUGGGUAAGCUUGCUAUUUGCAAAAUUCAUGAGCUUCUUUGGUAAAA